UUGAUCCCCGGUUGUGAAGCCGCCACGGCGAGUGGACGUGCGUUUUUUCUCCAUUUUUUCGCGGUUCCAUUGAAGAAAAAACGGAAGUGAAAAAGCGAACUUUACCCAUCGCAAAGACAAGACCAUAGAAGUGUUCAGCAAGUGUCUAGAAUAGCGGAGAAAAUGGCGUUUAAUUUCAAAGUUUUGGGAGUGUUAUGUGUGGUGGCAGUGGUGACAGCCUUACCAGCAGAAGAUACCCGCACCUCCCGGAAUGCUAUCAACACGGAGGGUGACCUGAUGGGUAGCAUCUACAAGGAUUGCCUGCAGUCAGAUUCGGUGUCCUGUGUCAAGUACAAGAUCUUCAGCUUCUUCGACAAAGUGGUGGCCAAGCGUAGUGCAUUCUCGUUGACGGAUGGAGUGACCGUUGUGAAGACUCCGGGAGUAGAAACCGAUGGUGCUCCCCGUUCCCUCAAUGGAGACGAAUCGAUUGAGCAGCUGAUCCUGUCUCGUCUGCAGAACUUCCUAUCCACUCACACCAUCAAGGUCGACCUGAAAGGAUCGGAUAUCGUGAAUGCCGUUACUUCGACCGGACGGGCUUUGGAGGAUGUCUCGGAGAACCUUUUGGAUGAUGGUGAAGACGUCACCGGUGAAGCUCGAGGCAAGAAAAAGAAGGCCGCCAAAAUCUUGGGCCCACUAUUGUUAGCUGUUGCACUGAAGGCCGCUGCUUUGUUGCCACUGUUGUUGGGAGCUAUUGCGCUGAUCGCUGGUAAGGCCCUGCUCAUCGGUAAAAUUGCCCUGGUGCUUUCCGCCAUCAUCGGUCUCAAGAAGCUGCUGUCUCAGGAAAAACACGUCACGUAUGAAGUUGUUGCCCACCCACACCAUACUAGCAGCCAUUCUACGAGCCAUGGCGAUGCCUACUCACUGGGAGGAUCGUUCGGUGGUGAUACCGGCAGCUACGGCGCCAGCUCCGGACACGGUGGCGGCGGCGGUGGUGGCUGGGGACGCGCUAUCGACGCGCAGGACCUCGCCUAUCAGGGCCAGAAACCUUAAGCAAUCACAUCACGCUUGCGCAUUUGACCUGGAAACGAUAGUCGAAACAUUAGUUACACGAAAUUCGCAACUGAUUGCAAGUGUACUCCUUAGAGGAGUUUACUCUUAAGCCCUCCCCCCCCCCUCAAGUACCGACCAAUACUCAAAUCGAUGAGUGCAUUAUUGAUGGCAUUGGUUUUGCUCUUAUUUAUUUAAAUUAAUUAGACGAUUCUGCCUUUCCGUAGUCGAUUAAAUUAUUUAAAAAAGGACUUCUCUUCUCUGCGUGCGAGUAGGCGAUAGGAGUAAUUUAAUUUAUUUAGCCAAGAACACAAGCAAACCAAGCAGGUAAAGCAGGAAAAAAAAAUCUAAAAAAAAACAGAAAUGAAACGCAUAUUGUGUGUCUAACAUCUACAGCCAAGCAAAGACUUUAAUUCAUAACUCUCUCAGUCUCACUCUCUCUCUCUCACUUCAAACAAACUUUUCUUGUUGAAAGUGUAGUCUCUCUAUUUAGCUAGUCGCUAGCAUCUACUUAUUUUAAGAACUAAACUCUCCCUAUUGUACUAUAUAAUUUCCUUCAACUACUAAGCUAUUCCUCUGCCUUUUUCGCCUUUAUCACCCAAAACCUUAUGCCUAAACCUAAACUAUUGCUAUUAUGCAGUGUGUUUAAAAUGUACUGUUUUCACUUCAUUGUGUUCCUGUAGUUAUUUCCUCUCUCAACUAAUUUAUAAAGUACACAAAAAGAAAAUAUAGCAACCAACUAAUCUAUCAACGAAAUAUAAUAAGUUCGUUUAGUAUUCGUUUCUUCUCUUAAGUCGAAACUAAUAUCCUUUCUCCUGCUAAACAUGGAACCGCGAAAACUCCAGUUCAUCCACAGGAAAAACUUUACUAACAAACUGACCUCCAUUUCGGCCUUCUUCAACAUUCUUUCCGCCCAUUCCAACAUUCUGUUCUCCCCCACUUUGCUCUAUCCUUAGCUGAC